GCUGGGCCACCAGGCCAUGAAACAGAUGAAGAAUUCCAGUGUGUUGAUCUCUGGGAUGCGAGGACUUGGUGUGGAGAUCGCCAAGAACAUCAUCCUUGGGGGAGUGAAAAAGGUGACAGUUCACGACGAAGGGAACACAGAAUGGAAUGAUCUCUCCUCUCAGUUUUUCCUGACGGUACACGAUAUCGGGAAGAACAGGGCUAAGGCAUCUGAGCACCGGCUGGCAGAACUGAACAGUUAUGUUCCUGUAUCCUCAUACACCGGGAAAUUAACUGAGGACUUCUUAUGCCAAUUCCAGGUGGUUGUGCUGACUGAUUCCACACUAGAGGAACAGCUGCAAAUCGGGGAGUUUUGUCAUAACUAUAAUACCAAGUUUAUUGUGGCGGACACUAAAGGCUUAUUUGGCCAACUGUUCUGUGACUUUGGGGAGAAAUUCACAGUGAUCGACAAGAAUGGUGAAGAACUCCAGACAGCAUUAGUAACCUGGAUCACCAAGGGCAAGUCCGGCCUGGUGACCUGCAUAGACGAAGCGUGGCAUGGAUUUCAGACUGGGGAUUACGUGACCUUCUCUCAAGUUCAGGGCAUGACUGAACUGAACAACUGCAAACCCGUUGAAGUCCAGGUUAAUGAUCCUUAUUCCUUCUUCAUCGGUGACACGAGUGACUUUAGCAAUUACGAACAAGGCGGGGUUGUGACGGAAGUAAAAAUGCCGCAGACACUGACGUUUAAAUCCUUUAAGGAGGCACUGAAGGAGCCGAAAUACCAGGUUUCUGACUUUGGGAAAGUAAACAGACAGGGAACGUUGCAUUUUGCUUUCCAGGCUCUCCAUCAGUUUGUGAAAGACUAUAGACGGCUCCCCAAACCCUGGGAGAAGACUGAUGCAGAACUCUUAGUGGCCAUUGCAAAUAAGCUCAGUGAGAAUGACCCUUCGAUCCUAAAUGAAGAGCCCUUGGAUGAGAACCUAGUGAGAAAACUGGCCUAUGUUGCCAGAGGCAACCUGAGUCCUAUCACUGCAUUUAUUGGUGGCAUCGCUGCUCAGGAAGUCAUGAAGGCCUGUACAGGGAAGUUCAUGCCCCUCCACCAGUGGAUGUACUUCGAUGCACUCGAGUGUUUGCCUGAAGAAAACAAAGGUGUCCCUUUCCCUGAAGAAAAUUUUGCACCUAGAAACUGUCGUUAUGAUGGGCAGAUCGCUAUCUUUGGAGCUGAAUUUCAAGAGGAGCUGAAGAUGCAGAAAUAUUUCCUGGUUGGUGCAGGUGCCAUUGGAUGUGAGCUGAUGAAAAACUUUGCCAUGAUUGGCUUGGGAGCAGGAGAGGGCGGGAGCAUCACAGUGACGGACAUGGAUACGAUUGAAAAAUCGAACCUCAACCGGCAGUUUCUCUUCAGACCUGGCGAUGUAACGAAAAUGAAGUCUGAGAUAGCUGCAGCGGCAGUGCGACAGAUGAAUCCUUCUUUGCAAGUCAUUGCUCAUCAGAACCGUGUUGGGCCAGAGACUGAGAACGUCUACAAUCAGGAUUUCUUUGAGAAUCUGAAUGGAGUGGCAAAUGCAUUGGAUAAUGUGGAAACACGACGCUACAUGGAUAGCCGUUGUGUCUUAUACCAGAAACCACUGCUGGAGUCAGGUACACUGGGUACGAAAGGAAACUUCCAGGUUGUCGUUCCUCACCUUACCGAGUCCUAUUCAUCCAGCGGGGACGCUCCAGAAAAUUCCAUUCCCAUCUGUACGCUCAAGAAUUUUCCCAAUGCUAUUGAGCACACAUUGCAGUGGGCCCGUGAUGAAUUUGAAGGAUUGUUCAAACAGCCAGCAGAAAAUGUCAACAAGUAUUUAGAGGACCCUUCUUUUAUUGAUCAUACAAUGACGCUACAGGAAGGUCAAGCUUUCGAAAUCCUGGAAGGUGUUUACAAGAGUCUGGAUGCCGACAAACCCAAGUGCUGGGCUGACUGCGUGGCCUGGGCCCGAAGACAUUGGCAGACACAGUACAGCAACAAUAUCCGGCAGCUCCUGCACAAUUUCCCACCAGAGCAGGUUACACCUUCAGGAGUACUUUUCUGGUCCGGUCCUAAGAAAUGUCCUCACCCGCUGGAAUUUGAUCCCAAUAAUCACGUCCACAUGGAUUAUAUCAUAGCAGCAGCUAACCUGUACGCGCAGAGUUAUUGCAUGGUGAGUUCUCAGGACAGAGCUACAGUCCAGCAGAUACUGCUAUCUGUCGAUGUUCCUCCAUUCACCCCAAAGUCAGGGGUCACCAUCCACACUAAUGACGCAGAGAUGGAGGCAGCUGCCAAUUCUGCAGAUGACGAGCGUUUGAUGGAAUUGAAAAAUCUCCUCUCUUCUCAUAAGGAUUUUACUGGAUGUGAGAUGCAACCUAUUGACUUUGAGAAGGACAACGAUGCAAACUUCCACAUGGAUUUCAUUGUCGCUGCCUCCAAUUUGAGGGCCGAGAAUUAUAACAUUCCAGCUGCCGAUCGCCAUAAGAGCAAACUGAUUGCCGGAAGGAUUAUCCCAGCCAUUGCCACCACGACAGCUGCAAUUGUUGGUCUCGUGUGUUUGGAGCUGUACAAGAUUGUGCAGGGUAACAGGCCAAUAAUGGCCCACAGGAAUGGCUUCAUCAACUUGGCCCUGCCUUUUUAUGCUUUCUCUGUGCCUCUGCCAGCUGACAAACAGAAGUAUCGUGAUAAAGAAUGGACAUUGUGGGAUCGCAUAAAUGUACAAGGCAUUAAACCAAAUGGUGAAGAGAUGACACUGGCAGAAUUCCUAGAUUACUUUAAGAAAGUACAUGAUCUGGAGGUUACCUUUGUCUGUUAUGCUCCCCAGAUUUUAUAUGCUACGCACAUGAGUCAGGAGGUACAGGAGAAACGACUAUCACAGAGAUUAUCAGAAAUUGUGACAAUGCUCAGUCAGCAAAACAUCGAGGAGCAUGUGAAGGCCCUGAAGUUGGAGAUUGACUGUACAACUGAGGAAGAUGAUGAUGUUAAUUUUCCUAUUAUUUUCUACCAGAUCCGGUAAAACAAAAGAGUACUGAGGCUUCCUUCCAUGUACCUCUCACUCAGCUACUUGCACUUGUUUCCAUCAUUAUUGGUCCAACUUAGAUAUUUGUAAUACUAUUGUUUUCUUUGCUCUCCUAAAAUACUCUAUGUAGUUAAUGAUCAACUGAAACACCACAGAUAUUGGUUCAAAUUUCCAAAGUCACGUCUGGACAUUUUACUCAUCAUUGAAUAGUGACGCCUGAAGCAAAACAUCUAGGCUGCACUGUUAUUUCAUUCCAGAAUCUACUUUUGAAUCUAACUCUGUCUCAUGGUGAAUAUGUCCCCUGAAUCUUUCUUCCGGUUCACAGUAAAGACCGUACUUGACAUACAUUGGGACAUCCACAGUUCCAUUCUGUCGUUGUCUCAAUCACACGAGGCUGGCUCCUAAUUCAGUAAUGUGGCACUACAUUGUCAGGCUCACUCAGAGCAUUUUACAUUGCCACCCAUUGCCUACAGCCACCAUACUAGUGUGAGAAAUGCAAGUUCCAUGUAGUAACGAAAGAUAUUCAUCAACAGUGAAUGGCUGGCAGCAGAUAAAUUUUAUCCGGAUCUGAGUCAUGUUUAAAAGCACUUCAGAGCAGUGACCAAUCAUAACCAUGAGCAAAUCCUCAGAUACCAUUCACCAAAUGAGCACAAGUGUCCCUGCAAAUUAAAAUACAUUUAAUAUGAAAGGCCAAUAAACAUAUUGACUAAAAAUGCCAAACCAGCAGUUUAAUAGGAUGGUUUGAACUUGGAAAUAGUAACCAUAUUAAUUUUGGCAACACAAUUAAUGACAAGUAAUGACAGAAAGAAAAAGUGAUUACGCAGAGGAAAAUGUCACCAAAGAAACCGUCCGCACUCUGGAAAGAUUUGGAUCUUGUGGUGAUUGAUUUCAGAAUCACAAGCCUGUCAGAGACAAGACUGCCUCAUUCUGAAUGUUGCAUGAGUGGGAAGACCUCAUCAUACAUAAUGUAACUGAAAUUGUUAAACCUCCCAAUGUUGUAUUAAGUAACAAUAAGAAAAUUGGCAAAAUAUUAAUUCAAGUUUAAUUUUCACAAUUUAUUGAAGCAAACAGCUUCAGUUAAAAAUGAUACUUUGCUAUGUUCUCUCCUGUAAUACUUUACUCCUGUGUCCCCCACACUGUUUUGUUUUGUUUUGACUGCGAGAAAUGGUUGAAGUUGCUCUCAAGCUACAGUUAAUCUAGUCCUUGAGUUGAUUGAGGAUUAAUUGGAGUUUCUCAAUCUCUGCCAAGUCUCCUUGGGUGACAAGAGUCCAGCUAUGGAUGAAAAACAUUUUGAUUUUACCCUGGUAACUUUUCCUGUGGGUUUGUAUUAAGAGCCUGAGCAUCUGCUGCUGAUUAUUAUAGUGAUAGGGAGCGCACAAUGCAGCCACAAUAAUCACAAUGCUGAGAAUAGCCUCUUUCAUUUCUGGUCACCUUGUACCACAUAUUCAAUUCAUCACAUUUUCCAAAGGGGAGGAACACUUAGUGAGGGCUGUAUAAUUUUAGAAAUAACGUUUGAAAUGUGAUAGGCUUUUGAAUAGGAUCUGCUUUUAGGUAGGUCACCUAAUGUACUUAACUCUUGCAAUGCAGAACUAAAACAGAGCAAUACAAUGAUUAAUAUGCUUCCUCGAGAUUAAGUAUAUAGCUGGCUUCCACCCUUUUUGAACUCAUCUCAAUUUGCUUCUUGUUGUAGAGACCCCAGUUUGCAAAGAAUAAUUUUUAUAUUGACUAGGAUUGUAUAUUCUGCAGCUUGCUUAAUUAUGGAAACACACUGGAAGGAAAAGAAAGCACGUUAAAUUUCUUUUCCCCCUUCUGAAGGAACCAUGCAGAAGUUAAUCAUCACCAACGCUAUGAGAACUUUGGGUUAAUUGAGCCAACUUUGUUUAGUAACAGAUGCUAACUGUUUGUAAAGUGAGGGCCGAUUCUGGUUGAGUUUGACUGUGAUUCUGCUUUGAAUCAAACUGAAGUGUAAAGCUGGACAGAGGGCACACACCAGAAAAUGCUAAUGAAGACAAAUAUCUUUAGUGUGCCAUGGAAAGGAUUACACACAUUUAUAUAAUUGUAGUGAUUAUCUGUACUGGAAUUUGACAGCCAAAUAAACAAAUUUGUUGAGCAAAA